AUGUGUGGAUGCGCCUUAGUAACCGUGACCAAAAUCGUUACUGCUGGCCAUUGUGUCAUGAGAUGGAAAGAAGGCAAGAGAAAUGUGCACGAAGCGAGUAAAGGAACAGUAUAUUUUGGUACGACACGCUUCAUGGGGGAUGACGGUCAAUCGGCGAUACUUAAAUCAGUAAUGUAUCCCAAGGAUAUAAGAAAGAAAGCAUCGGGUGGGAUUAUGCACGAUUAUGCUACUGCCGAACUUAUGACACCCAUACAGAUCACUGACACUGUAAAGCUACUUUCAGUUUACUCCAAGGACAAAACAGAGUUUAAAAACGCUUGGGAUGAGAUGGUGACUUCGAAGGCACCUUGCAUAAUUGCAGGGUGGGGUGCGACAAACUUCAGAAUCGAAAAUGAUACGAUUAUAGCUUCGGCGGGCAGUCCAUACUUGAAAAUGACAAUGGCUCAACCGUGGGAAGAGCAAAAAUGUGAGCGGUAUUUUGGUCCUGGGAGAGAUAAUAUGGUUCCUUUUGGAGAGGUCUGCCUUUUGGGUGUUAAGUUCGGCGACACUGCGCUUCCAGGUGAUUCGGGGAGUCCGUUGAUUUGCGGCGAUUACGUCUGGGGUGUAUGCUCGUCAAUGAUCAUAGAUAGCAGUGGAAGAGAACCGUUUCAGUAUCUUUUACACUGGAAUUAUUUGAACGAUUUUCUAUUCGAGUCGUAUGGUUCGGGUGCAUCACUGUGUUCAGAAAAUUUUAUUCUUCUACUUUUCCUAAUUUUUCUUGGAAUAAAUUUCGGUCAGUUACGCUACAACAAGUAA